AGUUUGCACGGGAUAUUCUAGCGCACAGGAGGAAAAGUUGUUGAGAAGAUGGCAAACAAACUACAGCAGCCUCCACACCUUCAUCUGGCGGAAUUGAGCGCCACCCAGUUCAUCGACAUCUGGAACCAUUUCGAUACCGACGGCAAUGGCUAUAUCGAGGGCAAGGAACUCGAGAACUUCUUCAGGGAGUUGGAGAUUUCACGGAAAGGGGCCGGAGUGGACCCAUCAAACUCCACUUUCAAAGAGAAGAUGAAGGAGUUCAUGCAAAAGUUUGACAAGAAUGCAGAUGGGAGAAUUGAGAUGUCUGAGCUAGCUCAGAUUUUGCCCACAGAGGAAAACUUCCUGCUUUGCUUCAGAGAGUUUGUGGGAUCCAGUUCUGAAUUCAUGGCGGCAUGGCGACGAUACGAUACAGAUCGCAGUGGGUACAUUGAAGCUAAUGAACUGAAGGGAUUCCUCUCAGACCUGCUGAAGAAAGCCAACAGACACUACGAUGACCAGAAGCUUCACGAGUACACACAGACAAUACUCAAGAUGUUUGAUCUAAACGGAGAUGGGAAGCUGGGCCUGUCUGAAAUGGCGAGGCUUCUCCCAGUUCAGGAAAAUUUCUUACUGAAAUUCCAGGAUAUCAAGCUGACCUCUGAGCAGUUCAAUGCUAUCUUCACAUUCUACGACAAGGAUGGAAACGGCUACAUUGAUGAGCAGGAGCUCGAUGCUCUGUUGCGUGACCUCUAUGAAAAGAACAAAAAGGAGGUGGACACCAAAAACCUGACUGGCUACAAGAAGAGCAUCAUGGCCCUGUCGGACGGGGGCAAGUUAUACCGCUCCGAGCUGGAGAUUGUGCUCUGCAGGGAGCCCAUGCUGUGAACCCUGACAACCAUCGGCGU